CCGAGUUGUUGCCGGUGCACCGGCACGUGAUCGCGUCAUUGGACCGUUAAUUGGAGUAAGUAUCAUCAUCACCUCAUGUCCACCGCACAGUCUACACCUACAUCCCCAACGGCCCAUCGUGUGAAGUCAGCUCCUAGAGUGGUCUCGUCUCCGCUGAGACCAACGUCUCCUCAAAGCUCUUCAACCGUACUUCCGUCCAAUUCUCGUCGAUCCUCGCUUGGUGUCGGACAAACGCCUCGGACAAAAACACCUCCAGGGCCUCUUGCAAAGUCUCGUGCUAGAGAUCUCUUGAGGAAGCACUAUGGCCUCGGAGUAGGUCCACCACCACCUAUACCUGGAAGAUCAGACGACCCCAUGGAUCUAGAUUCAGCAGCCUUUGACGCAAAAUCGUACUACGAACAACUUAUAACCGCAUCAUCUUUGUCGGCUCUGCUGAAGCGAGAGAAUGACCUACUGACAGAAAUACGACAACUUGAUGGCGAUAGGCAGUCUCUGGUUUACAACCACCAUCAUGAGCUGAUUGCAGCUAGUGAUACAAUAGCUGCGAUGAAGACACGGGCGGAGGGCUUGGACGCGGACCUUGACCUACUUAAAGCAGCGUUCUCAGAAAUAUCUCGCUUGGGUGCUAAAGUUUCCAUUGAGGAACAGCCUCAGCAUGCAGAUGGGAACUCCGAUUCAUGAGUGCCUCCGCGGUCAUCGCUGAGCGCUGAGGAUACGGCCUCGGCCCCACAAAUAUACAUGACGUAACAAAGGGUUUUUAUUUAUUUAUACAGGAUUCCCGCAAGCUCCAGGCUUGCAAUGGUACAAUAUAACUAUAUGGAAUAAUGAUACGCGAGUCCAGCAUGUUCUCCCCAUCAAGCCUUCACAUGAAGUUCCACCUGCC